AUGGCUGCCACAUAUGCCGCUGCUCAGUGUAGAGGAGGAUGGAUUGGCUUCAGGGAAUCGUGCUACUAUCUGUCGCAUGGAGUUGCAACCUGGGUUGAGGCCGGUGAAAUUUGUAAUAUGCUCGGGGGCUUCCUUGCCAUGAUAGAGACAGCAGAAGAACUGACAUUUCUGAAAUCUGAAUUAGUUCACCUUCAUCAACAUGAUGCUUCAACGAAGCAAUAUUGGAUUGAUGGCAACGACCUCGAGAUCGAAAAUGUCUGGAGGUGGAUAAAAACUGGACAGACUAUUACCUUUACGGACUGGGCUCCUGGAGAACCUAAUGCUGCCGAAAAUGAUAAUUGCUUGAACCUUUGGGGAAAGAGUGGAUUUCGCUACGCUGACAAUCCUUGCGAAGAACAUUACAACUAUGUGUGUGAAAUAAGAGAUUCUGAGAUGUCAGGGAUUGUGGGAUGA